CCUGAACUACAGUGGCAUGUGUUUGGCGUCGGAUGCACAGUUCAGUGACUUCCUGGAUGGGAUGGGACCGGCUCAGUUUGUUGGUCGACAGACGCUGGCAACAACAUCCAUGGGUGACAUAGAGAUCGGUCUGCUGGAGAGGAACGGAGGUCUGGAGGUGGAGGUCAUCCAGGCCAGAGGACUCACCAUGAAACCAGGUUCAAAGGGACCUCCAGCGGCCUACAUCAAGGUUUACCUCCUGGAGAACGGGAAUUGUGUGGCCAAGAAGAAGACCAAGUCAGUGAGGAAGUCUCUGGACCCUCUCUACAACCAGGCCCUGGUCUUCUCUGAGAGCCCACAGGGGAAAGUGGUGCAG